AUGGCCGAGGCGAACGAGAAAUUGGCAAGUGCCCGAAUGGUUCCUCGCCGAUACAGAUUGUUAGGCAUCGAGCGUUUUGUCGCUUGUUUCUUUGAUUGGGUUGGCUACUGGCUCUCGGGAGGCUCCUCUCAUCAGUGCCUCGGAUGGGUCAGUCUUGCUUCACGACCACAUGCAGAUCAACAUUGCAAAGUCAGAGUGGCUUCCUUGCGGCUUCAUUCGGCACUCACGGUGUCGCUCGGACGCGCAACGGAAUUUUUGGCCAUGAACUUGAACGCAGUUCCACGGUCGGCCUCGAUGAGAGGCGUUGGCGCCACCAAAGCUUCGCUGUGGACUGUCUUCCGGGACGGCACACAACGGCAAGCUCACAACUCAAACGAGGUUUGUGGAUGGCAUGGAAAUACCGGCAACGACGGAUGGCCCGCUUAUUUGAUGUUCGCUCACGGUUUGGGAUGUGUUCAACCCAUCGCAACUCGCUCGGGUGGUGACACUAGAUUUGUUUCCCUCUUUGUAUAG